GGCCUAAGCAUGGACAGUUGUUUCGAGCUUUGUGUUUCCCGAAUCUCUUAAAGCGUCUUGUGGUCCGGCGAAAAUAAUCAGUAUGUCGAUCAUGAACGCAGGAGGGCGAGCCUUUUGUUUUGUGUUUUAAAUUUCAAGCUGACACGUUAAAACCUCCCGAGCAGCUGGCACGGAGCGCACACCAUGAUGAUGCAGAGGCUGUGGAGAUGAGUAUUAAUAGGAGCGCUUGAGUGUCACAGUUCUUUCACUGUCGAGACCGGGAGGUUUGGUGGAGAGUCGGUGGACCGGGUUGGGGGCGCUUUCUGAUCCAGACUGCGCAGGUUGGAGUAAAAAACAAACAAACACAGGGAUUCAGUCUUUAUCACACAGGCAACAUGGAAGUGCUGGCUGCUCUUAAUUUGGGCGAAUUUGCCCAAAUUUUCUCCAAACUGGGAAUGUUUCCUGUGUUUGAUCUCGCUUACUACAUCGUGUCCAUCCUCUACCUCAAGUAUGAGCCAGGCUCGGUGGAGGUUUCUCGCAGGAGUCCCGUGGCCUCCUGGCUCUGUGCCAUGCUCUACUGCUUUGGUAGUUACAUCCUGGCAGACAUCAUGCUUGGAAGCAGCCCUAUCGACUAUUUCCAACACAACAGCCACAUCCUGCUGGCGUCAUGUGUCUGGUACCUCAUCUUUUACUGCCCACUGAACCUCUUCUAUAAAUGUGUGGCUUUCCUGCCUGUCAAGCUGGUGUUGGUCGCCCUGAAGGAAGUCGUCCGCACUCGAAAGAUUGCUGCUGGCGUUCACCAUGCCCACCACGCCUACCACCACGGCUUCUUCAUCAUGGUCAUUGUUGGAUACGUGAAAGGGUCUGGAGUGGCUCUCAUGUCCAAUUUUGAGCAGCUUCUGCGUGGAGUGUGGAGGCCCGACACCAACGAGAUCCUCAACAUGUCAUUCCCGACCAAAGCCAGUCUGUACGGAGCCAUCCUUUUCACCCUGCAGGAGGCUCACUGGCUGCCGGUUGCCAAGAGCACCCUCAUCCUCGUCUUCACCCUCUUCAUGGCUACAAGCAAGGUGGUGAUGACCGCCCGACACUCUCACGGCUCCCCCUUCGCCCUCAUUGAGUCCUGGGUUUGCCACCUGCUGUUCGGCUCCCCUCUCAGCGGAUCUGAGGAAGACCACCAUCAUGCUCCUGCCCCUGCUGUCCCAUCUUCACCUCUCAAAACCAAGGAGGAGCUGAGCGAAGGUGCUCGCAAGAGGAAGGCCAAGAAAGCCGAAUAGCAUGCCACAUGGCACGAGAGAAACUGCAUCUGACUCCUCCUCCAUCAUGGCCUCCACAUGAUGGGGCUUCCCAUUCCUUUCUAGGGAAAGUUUGAUGUUUUACCAAAUGAGACCCUUUCUAUUAGAGCAACAUGGUGCUUUCUGCAUUUUACAUAGCACAAGAACUCUGUAAAUACCACGGCAAAUGUUUCACACUUCAACCCAACCUGGACACUUUAAACCAAUUUAUUUAUGUGUUUGUGAACAUCUGCAUCUGUGCUCAACACUGAGUGGUGGUGAUCCACGUUCAGGAGCUGCAUGGGCAUUUUAGGAUGGCCUCUGUUCCACAUCAGCAGCUGUGUUACCGGGUGUCAGUGAUUUACUUCAAGUCCACCCAACCUUAUUUCAGUUCAAACUCUCGAUCAGAAAUUCAAUGGAGUAAAGCAUUAUGUAAAAGAACACUGAUGCUUUUUGCAUUGAGAUGAAGACAACUUCGUGUCUAAAUAAAAUCAAGAGAAACAUUG